AUGUCAAAUGCAUCUGCGACGUCGUUGGACUCAACUCCAACGCUGUCCACGGCGCCCGCCGGGCUGCUCGUCGUGCUGGCGCUCGUGACGGUGGCUUCAGGCCUCCGAUACCUCAGGAGCGCCAGCGAACGGCGUCCACCUGGGCCGGCGGGCCUGCCGCUUCUGGGCAACGUCCACCAGCUCCCAGUAGACUACCAGUGGCACAAGAUGGCAGAGUGGGGGCGAGACUACGGGGACCUCGUCUGGGCGAGGUUCUUCCGCACCCCGACGCUCAUCGUCAAUUCGAAGGCGGUCGCGAUUGAUCUGAUGGAGAAGCGGAGCGCCAGGUACUCGGACAGGCCGCCGUUCAUACUGCUCAAGGAGCUGCUGGGCUGGGAAAAGGUGCUCAACAACCUCCACUACGGCGACUCGUUCCGCAAGCACCGCAAGUGGCUGCAGGACGCGUUCGUGUCGAAGGAGGCCCUCGCGAGCUACCAACCGAUUCAACGGCGCGAGACCUACACCCUUCUGCUGGGCCUGUGUGAGAGUCCGGAGCUUUUUAUGGAUCACGUCAAGCGGUGGGCCGCCGCAAUGGUCUUGGAGAUAUCGUAUGGUAUGCGCGUCCACUCCCUCGGCGACGAGCUCGUCGUCAUCGCCGAGAGGGCGACUGUGGAGACGAUCAUGGCCGGAAGCCCUGGGUCGAUGAUAGUCGACUUCUUCCCAAUCCUGAGAUACCUACCGAUGUGGAUGCCCGGCUCCGGGUUCAAGCAUCACGCCGCCCGCGCGAAGGUCUUCAUCAGGAGGAUGCUCGACGUCCCCUUCGCAAUGGUGCAAGAGGCCAUGAAAGAGGGAACAGCGAAGCCCUCCUUCACCGCCUCGCUCCUGGAAGAAGCGGCCGCGCAAGGCAUCCUUACUCCCGAGCACGAGGAGGACAUCAAGGGCGCCGCAGGGGUUAUCUACGCUGCCGGCUCUGACACAACGACCACCGCAAUGCGGACGUUCAUGCUCGCGAUGGUCCUCCACCAGGACGUGUACAAGAAGACGCAGGCGGAGAUCGACCGCGUCGUCGGCGCGGGGCGCCUUCCCGAUUUCGAGGAUCGGGAACAGCUUCCCUACCUCGAGUCUGUGAUCAUGGAGGUGCUCAGGUGGAAUGCCCCCGUGCCCCUAGGCGUCCCGCACGCGACGAACGCGCCGGACGACUACCGCGGGUACGCCAUCCCGAGCGGCACGAUGGUGGUCCCGAACGUGUGGUGGAUGACGCACGACCCCGCGGUGUACCCCGACCCGGCCCGGUUCGACCCGGACCGGUUCGCGCGCGCCUCCGCGGCAGACGCCGCGCGGACCGACGACCCGCGCGACGUCGUCUUCGGCUUCGGCAGGCGGGUCUGCCCGGGCAAGGCGUUCGCGGACGCGUCGCUGUGGCUCGCGGCGGCGAACGUCGUCGCGACGAUGGACGUCGCGUACGCGAAGGACGCGCGGGGCGCGGACGUCGUGCCCCGCGCGGAGUUCGUCUCGGGGUUCGUCAGCCACCCGAAGGACUUCACGUGCGCGUUCCGGCCGCGCUCGGACGCGGUGCGGGGGCUGAUCGCGCACAUGAGCGCGGUGAACAUCGUCUCGGCGUGA